AUGCUAACACCAAUAGUAAAGAGGAACUAUAAACUGUACCCAAAACUAGAGGUACCACGCCAAAAGCAGAAAUCACGAAACGUCCGAUUAAGUGCACCAGCUGUCAACGAUCUGAGCAGAAUCGAUGAGCAGAAACAAAAAAGCUGUGAAAAUCAAGGACCUAAAUUUGGCCUGAAAAAUGAGGAAGACAAGAUCAGUGAGCAAAUCGAGAAUCUGACGUUGGCGCGACCACGUUACAUGGCCACGAUGCCGCUCCUUCCUCCCCGAGCGAACUCAAUACUGCACAAGCCGUGCGUUCCGACUACAAUUGCUGAAGAUGCGGAACUGGACCUCAGUCCGCCCCGUACCAAUGUGGCUGAUGCUGCUGUACAAGCAACUGCUGCAACUUUUACCAAAUGCAGUUCACUGGAAAGUCCACUUGCCUUUCCUUUACGCAGUGAGGUAUCAUACAGCAAUUUUGAUGCCAAGAGCGAAGAACCGAGCUCCAGGCCUCUUCGAGCCAAUACAGUCGAUGUUGGUGUACAGGUCGUCGCUAUAACUUCAUCCAAGUGCAAUCCACAUGUGUUUUCAGCACGCAGUGAAAAAAUACCCCACAGCAAUACCAAAAGCCAAGCACCAAGUCCUAGGCCAUCCCGCGCCAAUAUGGUUGAUGCUGCCGUGCAAGUUGUUGAUGUAACUGCUCCACAACGCAAAGCGACGCAAAAUCGACGUGCGUUUACUUUGAAAAAUGAAUCAACACACAGCAAGUUUGUUACCAACAGCCAACGAGCACCAUCCGGGAUGAAGGGGGCAUUUAAAACUCACGACAGCAUUUCGAAGUGUUCCCGAGCAGGCAGAACUGCAUCAGCAUUGAACAAACGAGCGACACUGUGGUGCUGCGUUUCUGUUCGCCCGUGA